CGAUGGAGGUAAUACUGUUCAAGGGUUCCGAUCCAAGAAUCCUCUUCUCUGUUUCUUAGAAGAUUCGUGAAUACAGGGUAUCUGGUCUAAGGUGAAGGGAAGCUUGGUUUAGGAUCUCUGAGUUACCUUAUCAGAACCCUAAACGGGAAAAUCAUAAACUAAUAAAGAAAAAGUAACGCCACUAGAAAAUCUCAAAUCUCUCCUCCUGUCUGGAAGGUGCAAAGUGCAGAUCGUCUCCACCACUCCACUCUUUUUCUUUCUCUGCUCUGCUAUACUCUUUGUGGCCAGAGAAGGAUUCAUAAACCCUAGAAAAUCACCUGAUUCUCCCUGGGGAAAAUUCAUUUUUUCUCACCAAUCCGCCGAGAAGCCCUAGUUUUUGCUGCAUUUGAAGUCCAGAGACCGUCGAUCGGAUCUGUGUACUCUGGAACGGUUGCGACAUGGGGCUUCUGGCCUUCCCCGUCGAUCGUAAGUGGGUUCUUUUGAGAAGAGCGAGAAAGUAGACCAGUAGAGAGAAGAGGAAGAGAGGGGAAGUAAGAGAUGUAUAAGAACCAGCUUCAGGAGCUGGCGCAGAGAAGCUGCUUUAAUCUUCCGUCGUAUACUUGCAUAAGGGAAGGUCCCGAUCACGCGCCGAGAUUCAAGGCGACAGUUAACUUUAACGGCGAGAUCUUCGAGAGCCCCAACUAUUGUACGACCUUGAGGCAAGCUGAGCAUUCUGCAGCGGAGGUUGCACUCAAUUCGCUUUCUAACAGAGGUCCUUCGCAUUCGCUUGCCGCCAGGAUCCUGGAUGAGACUGGGGUCUACAAAAACCUCUUACAGGAGAUUGCACAAAGAGUUGGAGCACCUCUGCCUCAAUACACAACUUUUCGGUCGGGUCUCGGGCACCUACCUGUCUUUACUUGCAUAGUAGAGCUGGAUCGAAUUACAUUCACAGGUGAACCUGCCAAGAACAAGAAACAAGCUGAAAAGAAUGCAGCCAUGGCAGCAUGGUCAUCUCUGAAACAAUUGGCACAGCAAUCUGCAGGUUCAUCCUCUGAGACAGAGAACAAUGAUGAACAGGAACAGAUUACUAUAGCCCGGGCACUAUUAAACUAUCGUCUGAAGGAAAAGAUAGGAAUGGCAAACUCGCCUGAUGCUCCUAUUCCAUUCUCAAAGAAAUUCCCGAUGCAAAAUCUGAGACCAAGUACACAGCCUCCCCCUGUUACGACCUCAAAAAUCCUCCCAUUAAUCUGCCUGAAGACAGCUCCAAGGAUCAGACCAGGGUCCUCAACAUCAAAUGAAAGCUCCCAACCAUCGCAAUUCUUGCCACAUGAAAACCGCGGUAUUCGUCCCCAGAAAUUCCCUGCAGCAGGAGCAGCUCCAUACAUUCCUGCCAGGCAUUUCAGGCCACUGUACCAUGGGAUUGCUCCACCAGUGACAAUAAGGACUUCAGUCCCUGUUUUCUCUGCCCCGCCAGUACCACCGCCAACCCGUCCUCAGGUAAUGGGGCCACCACCAACUCAUGUAGCCCCACCAGUCUGCAUCAGGCAAGCAGUGCCAGUGUUUGCUGCUCCACCCGUUUGUAAAGAGGAACUUCCGGCUCCGCUCCUUUGUAAGGAGGAGCUACCAUCUUUGAAGGUUUCUUCCUUGCCAUCUAAAUUAUCAGUUCAGAUAGAGGACACAAGGAGCUUAACAACUGGGAAUGACCUGCGAGAAUCAGUUGCUACAGAGGGCAUGAAACAGCUCAGAAUUUGAUUUUGGUAGGGGAGGAUUUGAAUUCGGAGGAACUAUUUCUGAUUUUGUACUGGGUUUUGCUUGGUUUUCUAAUAUUUUUUACUCCUUCCGAAUGUUCUUA